AUAAAUAUUUGUUUUUCUUCACAGAUCAGUGCUUAAGGUUCUACUUCAAUUUUUCAAAAUGUCUUUAGCUGAUGAGCUGCUCAAUGACUUUGAAGAUGGUGAUGAUGAGAUCUUGGAAAAUGAGGUCAAAACUGAAAUUAAAACAGAACCCAUGGAGGAUAGUGAGAGUUCUGAUGUUUUCAAAAUCCCUUUUCCUGUUGAUUCCUCAACAUCAAAGAUCAAAGGGGGCCUCACCUCAGUGCGUCAGGUAGCAAAACUCUGGGACUCAGAUAAGCUUAAAAAUAUUAAAGAUCAGGUUGAAGCGUUUGCUACAAAGAUCAGGAAAUCUGAUGAUUUAAAGGGGUCUGUGGAGAUGGAUCCCGAAUAUCAACUCAUUGUUGAAGCCAAUAAUGUUUCAGUUGAUAUUGAUAAUGAAAUAGGUAUUAUUCACAAAUUUGUUAAGGAAAAAUAUUCAAAAAGGUUUCCUGAACUGGAAUCGCUUGUUUUAAAUCCACAAGAAUAUUUGUAUGCUGUUCGUGAACUUGGCAAUGACAUUGACAAGGUAAAAAACAGUGAAGUAUUGUGUCAGUUCUUAACUCAGGCCACUAUCAUGGUUGUGAGUGUUACAGCUUCUGCCACUCAAGGCACAAUGCUUACAAACCAAGAGCUGGAUUCAAUAGAAGAGGCGUGCAUGCUGGCACAAGAUCUCAACAUGCUUAAGAUGAGGAUAUUUGAGUAUGUUGAGAGCAGGAUGAACCUAUUUGUUCCUAACCUGUCAAACAUUGUUGGUUCCAACACUGCUGCUAAACUCUUGGGUUCUGCCGGUGGUCUCACUAACCUCUCACGAAUGCCUUCAUGUUAUGUGCUCAUGGUUGGCAAAGAGAAGAAGAGUCAACUGGGGCUCUCACAAACCACAAUAAAGCCUCACACUGGCCACAUCUACUACUGUCCUUUGGUACAGGAAGCUCCUCCAGAUUUACGCAGCAAGAUGGCUCGCCUGGUUGCCAAUAAAUCAACUAUUGCGGCCCGCAUUGAUAGCCUGCACGCGUAUCCUGAUGGCUCAGAAGGGCUUCGACUGCGCGAAGAAAUUGAGAAGAAGCUCGACAAGCUGCAAGAACCUCCCCCAGUGAAGGCUGUCAAGGCACUACCCGCACCCAUCGACGUGCCAGGCAAGAAGAGGGGCGGCCGGCGCGUGCGUAAAAUGAAGGAGCGAAUGGCAGUCACUGACUUCAGGAAGGCUGCGAACCGAAUGACGUUCGGCGAGAUGGAGGAAGACCUGUACCAGGAUGACCUGGGGUACACGCGCGGCCAGAUCGGCAAGGGCGGCGCCGGUCGCAUCAGGAAAGUCACAGUGGACGAGAAGACGCGCGUGCGUAUCUCCAAGAACCUGCAGAAGGAGGUAGCGCGGCAGAACAGCUACGCGUCUGGUGGCGCGACUACAGUCAAGAGGCAGGUCGCCGGUACCGCCUCCAGCGUCGCCUUCACGCCCCUGCAAGGCCUUGAGAUCGUCAACCCUCAAGCCGCUGACAACAGCCAUGCCAAGGCCGGCAAUAAAUAUUUCUCUAAACUCCUCAACUUCAAGAAUGUUAAACCAUAAAUCUUAAGAUUGUGCUACCGUCGCCUAAAUCCUUCACUUCCUGCCGGACUCAUUUUCAUAAGAAACUAUGUUUUAAUAUAACACGAGAACGCAU